ACCCCAAAAAAUAUUUUACUUUGCUUGUAAAAUAAUAAUAUAAAAAAAUAAAGCAAAAUGAGACACAGGGGUAAAAGUGACAUUUGAGUCGUGGUAUAUAUAUAGAGAGAGAGACCGGAGGAAGUUGAUAUUGUUAGGGGAAUGGCGGGAAGAGUGUCGGCUCGAUGGAUUGGUACGCCGAUUAGCUCACUCAGCUCUAUUCCUAAUGGUAAUAAGAGGUGUUGUUGGGCCUGGGCUUGGACUGCCGCUAGGUGGUCUAGGAUUAGGGCUUCGCUUGACUUCACCGGUGAAAUCAGCAGGGCUCCGGAUCGGAUGGCUUCCUCUAGGACGACGGCCGCGACAGAGGCCGCCGCUCCUCCGGACGACGUGGUGGUGCAGUACGUGGUGCUACGCCGAGACCUGAUCGACACGUGGCCGAUGGGUAGCGUGGUCACGCAGGGCUGCCAUGCGUCGGUGGCCGCCAUUUGGUCCCACAAGGACGAUCCUCACACCCUCCAUUACUGUGGCACCUCCAAUCUCGACUCCAUGCACAAGGUUACUCUUGAAGUCAAGGGAGAAACACAGAUGCUGAACUUGUCAGAAAAGCUCACAGCCGGUGGCAUUGCUCAUAAGCUAUGGAUUGAACAGCCUGAGAACAUUCCCACGUGUCUUGCAACAAAACCAUACCCUAAAUCCAUGGUAUCGUCAUAUUUCAAAAGGCUGAAACUUUGUAAGUGAUGGGAUUCUUAAGCUUCAACCGCAGAAUGUUGUUGACACCAAAUUAUGUUUGAGCUAUAAAGCGAAGACACAUUUUAAUCUUUCUAAAAUUAUCAGAAAAUAAAUAAAUUUUAAUAAAGUGAGGCAAUAUUUUGUA